UUUUAUGAGCAAAUUGCGCGAAAUGUCACUAAACUAUUUCAAAGUGCCGGUUCUGGUCACUAAACUUUUUUAUUAGCGCGAAAUGUCACUGAACUCGUAAAUCUGUACCAUUUUAGUCACUCCGUGUAUUUGUGCCGUUAGGAGAGACGGAAAGUCACUUUUUUGGGGGCAUUUUUGUCUACACAUUUGUUAAAAAAUUUAGACCCUCAUUCUUCUUCGUCCUCAUCUUCUUCCUCAAAGUCACAGCAAAAAUUAGACCCACCUGAAUUUCUCUGCCCAUGAAUUUCUCUGCCCAAUUUCUGGGUCUUUGAUGUCUAAAAAUCAAAAACCCAGACUCCCUGGGCAGCCCUCUGAACCUCAGACUCCCGUGACUUAGUUAGUACAAAGCUGCCACACAAUUCUCACGUGUUGAUUCGGACGAGUCAGACUCACUUCCAUCCCGCAAAAUUGCCACCAGGCUGGCCACCGCGCCGCCAUCCAACAACGCCGACCGCUCUCCAGUGACACCGCCAAAUUGCAUGAAAAACAUUCCCUUUUCUCUUUUUUUCUUUUUCCUUCUUUUCUUUCUUUAUUUCUUUCUUUCCUUCUCUUCUUUCUUCCUUCUUCCUGCUGUCCGCCGCCGCCCCCAUCGCGUCGCUACCCGCCGCUCGAUCUCCACCAGCCGCGCGCCACUCCAGUCGUGCGACCAGCGCGCCACGCCGCCUCCCUCCAGCUCCAACCCUCCGCGCGCCCAUCCUGUCCGCCAGCGGACAGCGCGCAGCAGCCGCCCACCUGGUCGCGCGCCGCCGCGGCUAUCAGCACUCACACGCCGCACGCCAGCCGUGCGUCUCUUCUGCGGCCAGCGCGCGACGUCUCCCUCUCUACGCAGCCAGCGCGCGCAAGCUCCAGCACCAGCAGCCAUCAGCAGCUUUCUGCGCAACUCCACCGUGCGCAGAUCCAGCUCCUCAGCAGACCGCGCACGAGCUCAACCACGGGAGCGACCCUCGCCGCCGCGCCUCCAACCGAGCAGAAAACAAAAAUGGAGGGUUAUUCUCUACCCCUCUCAGCAGCUCCGUUUCAGAAACUGAAGGUUCCUGUUGAGAGGCCGUUUUUGCUUGAACAAUGGUGGUUUCCAUGGAAGAAUAAUCAGGUGGGGAGGGGAUUUCGACACGGGAUUGUCGACACCGGUUGAUAAUUGAAGAUUUAAGAGCUAAAUUAGGAAUUACAGCGAAAAAAUCAGGGGUUGAGCCAUCUGAUAAAUUUGGGAUAACCCCUAAAUCCUUGCAAACUUGAACAGCAACCCGCUCUAAAGUUUGGCCAGAAGAAAUCACCACAGGAUCAGGCAUCAAAGACCCAGAAAUUGGGCAGAAUAAUUCAGCAAGUGGGUCUAAUUUUUGCUGUGAUUUUGAGGAAGAAGAUGAGGACGAAGAAGAAUGAGGGUCUAAAUUUUUUAACAAAUGUGUAGACAAAAUUGCCCUCAAAAAAGUGACUUUCCGUCUCUCCUAAUGGCACAAAUACACGGAGGGACUAAAAUGAUGGAGAAAUCGGAUGGCCAGGCUAACUAGUUAAGAUGUUAAAUGCUUUUGGAGUGCACAAUCAUGAUGGAUGUUUCAUGGGAAGUAAAGAGGAAAUGAGUAGCAAACAUUGUACUGCUGCUGCUGCUUCUGGUCUUCACUUUAAGAAAGCGCCUUUGUAUCCCCAAGAUGAGAAGAAAAUGGAAUUGCUGGAGUGCAAAAUACUACCCGCGAAGAAAGUUAAUAGACGUCUAUCAGCCAGAGAAAGAAAAUUGGCACUGUUGCAAGAUGUUGAUAAGCUGAAGAAGAAGCUGAGACAUGAAGAGAAUGUUCAUAGAGCAUUGGAGAGGGCAUUAAAUAGACCAUUGGGAGCUUUGCCACGUCUGCCUCCUUAUCUCCCUCAAUACAUGCUAGAACUUCUUGCUGAAGUGGCUGUUUUGGAAGAGGAGGUUGUGUAUCUUGAAGAACUGGUUGUGAAUUUCAGGCAAGGUCUCCACCAGGAAGCCGUUCACACACCCUGCAGGAGCAAUGAGAACAACGCUGCUGAUUCAUGCACUGAGGUGCUUAGUUCCAGAAGGAGAAGGCAUUUAAGAUCCUUUUCCCAUGGCAAUAUAAACUUGGAAUCUUCUUGGGCUGCAGCAAUGCAGUCGCCUUCUCUGGCUAGAAGUUUUUCAACCAGAAAACAAGCAUCAUCUGACGCUGAUGGCAACAUGACAUAUUCCCAUGGCAGGCCAACAUAUGGAGAGCAAGUGCUAAAGAAACCAAAUUCUCCAGGGGAAGAAAGGCUUGGAAAAGAAAAUCAGUCCUGGGCUAAUUUAGUGAAGGAUAAAUUAGCUCCAGCACAGAAAGCCGCUGCAACAAAAACUCCAAUAAGACGAUGUCCAAUCAAACCAGAACAAAUAGGCAAAGGAGCUGAUUCCGUGAAAUUGCAGUGCAGAGUUGUGGACCAGGCACAAGAGAGUUCUUCAGGUUCUUCAGAUGAUAGGGUGUUUGAAGCUGAAACAGAGGCCAACAGAACUUCCCAGGAUAUUUUGAAAUGCUUGUGCAACAUAUUUUUAAGGUUGAGUACAUCAAAAGGGAAGACACUGGAUUCAGAAUCCUUUUCCUCUGUUAUAGCAGGGGAUUUGAGCGAGCACAAUGUGGACACAGAUUUUCGAGAUCCUUACUUGAUCUCUACAGGCUCUGGAAAGAGAGACUUUGGUCCUUACAAAAUGUUUCCAGCCAUUGAAGCUAGCUCCGUUGAUUUCAACCGGAAAGCAAAUGCUCUGUUUCUGAUUCGGAGACUCAGGCUCCUCCUUGGCAAGCUAGCAACAGUCAAUUUAGAGGGACUCAGCCAUCAGCAGAAACUUGCUUUCUGGAUAAACACAUACAAUUCCUGCAUAAUGAAUGCAUUUUUAGAGCAAGGAAUUCCUGACAGUCCUGAGAGGGUUGUAGAACUUUUGCAAAAGGCAACAAUCACAGUUGGCGGACAUCUGCUAAAUGCAAUAACAAUUGAGCAUUUUAUCCUGAGGUUGCCUUAUCAUCUAAAACAUACUGGUCCAAAAUCAGCAAAAGGUGAUGAAAUGAAGGCUCACGCUCUCUUCGGUUUGGAGUGGUCCGAACCAUUGGUGACAUUUGCACUCUCCUGUGGGUGUUGGUCCUCCCCUGCUGUUCGAGUGUACACUGCAGCACAAGUCGAGAACGAGUUGGAAGCUGCGAAGAGGGAAUAUUUGCAAGCUGCAGUUGGCAUUUCACCGGCAAACAAGCUAGUAAUCCCCAAAUUGCUGGACUGGUAUCUUCUUGACUUUGCAAAAGACUUGGAGGCAUUACUAGAUUGGGUUUGUUUGCAGCUACCAGAUAAACUCAGGAAUGAAACUCUAAAAUGCCUCGUGAGAAGAGGAGGAGACCCUCUUUCUCAAAUAGUUGAAAUAAUGCCUUAUAAUUACAGUUUCAGGUACCUCAUAUACCUGUGAUAAGUUUUUAGUUUCCCGUCUUUUUCUUCUUUUUUCCCUUAUUCAGAACCUUCAGUCUCCAAGCUUCUCAGAACUUAGAUUGCAGAUUCCUAGAAAUACUGAAAAAAUUAGAUGAAAUACAUAGAAAUAAACUGGGAGAUUGUAUUUGUCAGGAACCGGCAUAAAAUUGGUAACAUCUCCUAUUGAUAGGUAUUUGCUGUGAAUUCAUUCAUUGUAUUCCUCUCUGAAAGUGUUUGUCCUUUCCUCAGUUGAUGCUAAAUUAUAUCCAAUUAUUGCCCUUCCCGCACAAUAUUCAGGGGAGUACUUUUACGAGGCAA